AGUACAGACUGUAGUAUUGCCAGCAAGGAGCCGGAGCUGGCAGAACACCAUGGACAGCUCCAAAUGAGUAGUGCAUACGGUGGUCUGCUCUAGGAUCUGGUGUUCCAGGCAUAUUGGAUCCUGCAAGCAACAAGAGUUUUACAGCAAAAUAAUAACAACUAAAAACAGGAGAAACUUUUAGCUGCUUGGUAGAAAGAUCAGAGCCAAGACCUGCAAAGAUGGAUGGAAAUUCAUCUUUCCUGGAUGGCAUGGUUGGCGUUGGGGACAUGGUUCUUCUGGACCCCCUGUCGGAAGAGUCCCUUCUCCAGAAUCUUAAGGAAAGAUUUAAAAGCGAUGAAAUCUAUACAUACAUUGGAAAUGUAGUUAUAUCUGUGAACCCCUACAAGCAACUGUCCAUCUACACACCUGAGAAAGUGGAGCAAUAUAGGAACAGUAACUUCUACCAGCUGAAGCCUCAUCUCUACGCUGUGGCUGAUGAUGCCUAUAAGUCUCUACGUGAUCGAGACAGGGACCAGUGCAUCAUGAUAACCGGAGAGAGCGGGGCAGGAAAAACAGAGGCUAGUAAACUGGUGAUGUCAUAUGUGGCAGCCGUGUGUGGGAAAGGUGCAGAAGUGAACCAAGUCAAGGAACAGCUUCUACAGUCAAAUCCUGUCCUAGAGGCUUUUGGAAACGCCAAGACAAUUAGAAAUGACAACUCAUCUAGAUUUGGCAAAUACAUGGACAUCGAAUUUGACUUUAAGGGAGAUCCUGUGGGAGGUGUAAUAAGCAACUACCUGCUGGAGAAGUCUCGUGUGGUAAAGCACAUGAAAGGAGAAAGAAAUUUUCAUAUUUUUUACCAGCUGCUGGCAGGAGGAGGAGCUGAACUUCUAGGAAAGUUGAAGCUUAAGCCAGACUGCAGUGCCUAUAGUUACUUGAACAAGGACAAUAGUAGCCUGCAAGGCAUGGGGGAUGCAGAAAACUUUAACAUUGUAAAGAAUGCCAUGAAAAUUAUUGGAUUCUCUGAUGAAGAGGUGACUUCUAUUCUAGAAAUUGUUGCUUUGGUCCUGAAACUAGGAACUAUUGAAAUGAAGGGUCAGUUUCAAUCCAACGGGAUGGCCUCAUGCUACGUCACAAAUACACAAGUUGUUAAAGAAAUUGGUUCUCUGAUUGGACUCGAUUCCUCUACACUGGAAAAUGCAUUUAGUGUUCGCACUGUUGAAGCCAAACAGGAGAAAGUGGUGACCACUUUAAAUGUAUCUCAGGGGAUUUAUGCCCGAGAUGCUCUGGCCAAAAACACAUAUGACCGUCUUUUCACCUGGCUAGUGCAGAGAAUAAAUGAAAGCAUAAAGGUGUCAGAAUUCCAAGGGAAAAAAGUGAUGGGAGUGCUGGAUAUUUAUGGAUUUGAGAUCUUGGAGGGUAACAGCUUUGAACAGUUCAUCAUUAAUUACUGUAAUGAGAAGUUGCAACAGAUAUUCAUUCAGAUGACAUUGAGAGAAGAACAAGAAGAAUACGCGAGAGAGGGUAUUGAAUGGACUCGCAUUGAGUUUUUCGACAAUGAGAUAAUCUGUAACCUCAUAGAAUGUAGUUCAGGUGGUAUAUUGUCAAUACUGGAUGAGGAGUGUCUGCGCCCCGGGAAUGUGUCCGAUGCCACCUUCCUUGCCAAGCUUGGACAACAGCUGAAGAAUCAUAAGCAUUUCAAGAGUAAGGCCAGUCAGAACGACAAACGUAUUACAGAUGCCUCGCUGCCUGAUAACUGCUUCCGCAUUGAACAUUACGCUGGCCAGGUCACUUACAAAACAGAUGGCUUUUUGGACAAGAACAAUGACCUUCUCUACAGAGAUCUCUCUCAAGCUAUGUGGAAAGCAAAGCAUGGAUUGCUCAAGUCACUUUUUCCAGAAGGAGAUCCAAAGAAUGCUUCUCUUAAACGUCCGGCCACUGUUGGGUUCCAGUUCAAAGCUUCUGUCUCAACUCUUAUGAAGAACCUCUAUGCCAAAAAUCCCAACUACAUUAGGUGUCUAAAACCCAACAGUACGAAGAAGCCAUCCCUAUUUGAUGACACACUAGUGAAAGUACAAGUACGUUACCUGGGCCUUUUGGAAAACGUAAGGGUACGACGGGCUGGAUAUGCCUACAGACAGGAGUACAAAUCUUUCCUUGAGCGCUACAAGAUGUUGAGCAAGCAGACAUGGCCACAGUGGAACGGAGAGCCAAGGGCUGGAGUAGAAGUCUUCCUGUCAGAAAUUGGUUAUCCGGGUGAAGAAAUAGCAUAUGGACGCACCAAAAUAUUCAUUAGGACUCCACGCACACUCUUUGACUUGGAGGAGAGACGCAGGAUGAGGCUGGGUGAGCUGGCUACCUUGCUACAAAAGACAUAUCGGGGAUGGAGGUGUCGUGAGCAGUACAAAAAAAUACGCAAGAGCCAGAUCAUCAUUGCUGCUUUUUACCGUGGCUAUUCUCAAAAGAAGAAGUUUCAGAAUAUUAAGUUUUCAACAUUAAUUGUGCAAGCUUUUGUCCGUGGCUGGAAGGCACGUGUGCUGCUGCGGAAAAUGAAAUUGCAAAAUCGCCAAGAGAAUGCGUCAACCACUAUAUGUUCUUAUUGGAGGGGGUAUCAGGUGAGAAAGCAAUACAGGAAGAACUUCCGCUCUCAUGCAUCGAAGAAACUGGCUAACUUUAUCUACCGAAGAAUUCUUCAAAUUUUCUUCAUGGGACUGAAAAACAACCUUCAGUCGAUGUCACCGUUGAACAAGGAAUGGAAAGAACCCAAAUAUAAGUUUCUCACAAACACCAACCAAGAACUUAGGAGGAUAUUUCAGCUGUGGAAGUGUAAGAAAUAUAGAGAGGGUCUAACCCCACAACGCAAGGCUGUACUUCAGGAUAAACUAUGUGCCAGUGACAUAUUUAAUGGCAAAAAGAAAUCAUAUCCUACAAGUGUCUCUAAACCAUUCCAGGGAGAUUAUAUUGGAAUACAGAAAAAUCCAAAAUAUCAGAAGCUUACCGCCUCUGUCCCAGGCAAACUGGAGCUGGCUGCCAGUGUUAAGAAAAUCAACAAAACUGAUGGCAAGGGAACAGCUAUGAUGUUUCUGUUGACGAAAAGUCACUUAGCACUUGCAGAUUCAAAAGCUCAAGUAAAGCACCUUGCCAAGUUGGAUGAAAUCGCCAGUGUUUCAGUCAGCAAGUUCUCUGAUGGACUCUUGGUUAUUCAGCUUAUCCCGACAUCAACGGCAGGAUUGAAAGGAGAUGUCCUCUUGACCAGCGAGCAUGUAAUAGAAAUUGCGACUAGACUUCACCAGUUUUUUCUGGAAGCAACACAAAAGAACCUAAAUCUACAGAUCAGUGAUGAGUUCCAAGUGAGAUUUAAGAAGGACCCAGUGGCAGUGAAAUUGAUUGAGUCCCCUGUACAGAACGGGAAAGGUCCCGUCUACAAGAAGAAAGGCCAAAGACUUGAAGUUUUUGUAUAAGAAUGGAAGAACGGGAUCUAGUGUGAACCGAGUUCGAGGGAGAAAUACAUUGUGAUUUUGGUUAAAGGCUAUAAACAUUUCAUGGCUUUCCAUGUAAAAUAAAUAAAUAAAUGCUUACUAAAAAUCAACAA